AUGCAAGGUGAUGGCACAGAGGACGCCCUGGUGGUGCAGUUCCCCGACACGGACCGACCCGUCCCGAGGCCGAACUACCUGCCCAGGUCAGUGCCGCGGGACUUCGCCGAGCGCCUGGCGAGCUUCCACGGCGACCCCUUCGCCUGGUGGAUGGGGCAGUUCAUGAAGUACGCCAUGAGGAUGAACCGGGGAUUCCAGGAGGCCGUUGAGAAGCUCGGCGCCCGCCUUGGCUUCGAGGGUCCUGUUGUUGGAGUGCAAGUCAGAAGAACAGACAAGCUGCUUCACGACUCCAGACUCAUAGAACUGGAGGAGUACAUGGAGGCCGUCGACGACUUCUACAACGACCUGGAGGUUCGGGGGACGACGGUGACGACUCGCAAGGUCUACCUGGCCACAGACGACCCGCAGGUCCUCAAGGAAGCCAAGGAGAAAUUCCCCAAACACGCCUUCGUGUACAACGAGGACAGCGUCGCCAGCGCCAACAUGAAGGAGCGGAGGAGCGAGGCCAACAUCCACAACAUCCUGGCCGAUGUUUACUUCCUCUCUCGCUCGGAUUUCCUCGUGUGUGGCAUGUCGUCCAACAUCUGCCGCCUGGCCUACGAGCUCAUGCAGACCCUCCACGCAGACGCCUCCAGAAAGGUCUUCUCCGUCGACUCACCUUAUUGGUUCCACUACCAGAGCGGCCACGAGGUGGAGGCGAGGUUCCCCCACACGCCUCGCAGGGACAGUGAAAUCGAGCUGCAGAAGGGCGACCGCGUGAAGGAGGUCCUGAGGCACUACAGCAACAACCCCAACCUGCACGACGGCUUCAUCCACGGGGUCAACCAGAGGACGAGAAAAGCCGGCUUGUACCCGAUCUACAAGACGGUGGACGUCCUGCGGCUCGCGGACACGCCGCCCUUCGACGCCAUCGACAGGAGGGACAAGUAAAUGGGUCGAGGAGAGAGAGAGAGAGGAGAGAGAGAGGGGAGAGGAGAGAGGA